GAUUCAAGGAGUUACAGUGUUACAUCGUUUGCACAUAUUAAAUUAUUUUAGUUCUUUCAGUUUACAAUGGCGUCAUCAGAGCUUCGGAAAGAACUGGAAGAGUACCUGAAAAGUCUUAAUAUUGAGACGGUCUGCGUGGACCAUCCAGAGGUGUUUACCGUUGAGGAGAUGAUGCCUCAUGUUCAGCACCUGAGCGGGGCGGUGACCAAAAACCUCUUCCUCAAGGACAAGAAGAAGAAGGGGCUGUGGCUGGUGUCGACCCGCCACGACCGGCAGGUCAACCUGAACGACCUGGCCAAGAAGCUGGGCGUGGGCAGCGGGAACCUGCGCUUUGCGGACGAGGCGGCCAUGUUGGAGAAGCUGAAGGUGGGGCAGGGCUGCGCCACGGCCCUGGCGCUCUUCUACGACAAGGAGCAGAGCGUCAGAUUCGUGCUGGACAGCGACCUGGCCGACGGCGGUCACGAGUGGGUGUACUUCCACCCCAUGACCAAUGCCGCCACUAUGGGCCUGAAGCCCCAGGACCUGCUGAGAUUUUUAAAAGAGACGGGACAUGAUCCUGCUCUCCAGAGCUUUGAUUAAAGGACCGAUUCAAACCUUUGUGCCAGAAACCAGCUUUAAUGGCUGAUGCUAAUGUCAAGAGGUUAUUUUAAUAUAUGACACUGUGCCUUCCACCUGAGACAGGGCUGCUGUCAUGACACACAUGGUUACAAGUAAAGUGGUGCUGGCAGGUACAAGUUUAACUUUUUCAUGGUGUAAGGGUUUUGUUGACUAUAAAGAGGGAGCUAUACUCUAUUUCAUGUAACAGAAACCUCAGGCAAUAAUGUGCACCGUCUUUGUAAAAAUAUGACAGAAG